UCCUCCCGUAUCACCGAUUUACUAACAGACAUAUCAGACGGGAUGUCACUCCACUUCCUAAAACUCAAUCUAUCCAAAACUGAGCUCAUAAUAUUUCCUCUCCCACAUGCCUCUUCCCCUGAUUUCUCGGUCAGGAUCAAUAGCACCAAUAUCAACCCAUCCCUGCCAACCAUUCAGUGUCUGCUACCCCUCUCUGCCAAUCCCUCCACUGACCUCCAUUCAGUGUCCUCGACCCCUCUCUGCCAAUCCCUCCACUGGCCUUCAAUCAGUGUCCUCCACCCCUCUCUGCCAAUCCCUCCACUGACCACCAUUCAGUGUCCUCCACCCCUCUCUGCCAAUCCCUCCACUAGCUUCCAUUCAGUGUCCUCCACCCCUCUCUGCCAAUCCCUCCACCGGCCUCCAUUCAGUGUCCUCCACCCCUCUCUGCCAAUCCCUCCACUGGCCUUCAAUCAGUGUCCUCCACCCCUCUCUGCCAAUCCCUCCACCGGCCUCCAUUCAGUGUCCUCCACCCCUCUCUGCCAAUCCCUCCACUGACCUCCAUUCAGUGUCUGCUACCACUAUCUGCCAAUCUCUCCACUGGCCUCCAUUCAGUGUCCUCCACGCCUCUCUACCAAUCCCU